AUGGAAGAUAAUUUAGUUAAAGAAUCAAACGAAAUAAUUGGUUCUUGUACCGUUGAUGGUGUACAUAGUAGUAUUAUGCAGAAGAAUAUGUGUUCUUCUGAUAUAAUAUUAGAUGAUACGAAUAGUAAAUCAUUAUGCGAUAGUAAUAAGUUAAAGAAAGAUAAUGAAAAAGGAAUUGAUGAGAAUAUAAAAGAAACUAGUACCUGUACAUAUACGGUCGACGAGAAUGUAAUGAAAAGUAAUGAAGAAAAGAAUGACGAGGAUGACGAUGGUAGCAAUAAUGUGGAUGUAGUAGGCGAUAAUAUUGGUAAUUUACCAAACGAAAAUAUGGACAAUAGAAACAAGAAUGAUAAUAAUAAUAAUAAUAAUAAUAAUAAUAUACAAUAUGAUAAUGUCAACAAUAAUAAUAAUAUACAAUAUGAUAAUGUCAACAAUAAUAAUAAUAUACAAUAUGAUAAUAUCAACAAUAAUAAUAAUGUACAAUAUGACAAUGUCAUAAACAAUGAUAGUAAUAAUAUUCAAUAUAACAACAAUAAUAAUAAUAAUAAUAAUAAUAUUAAUAAUAAUGAUAGUGGGGCGUAUAGCCAUAGUAACGACAUUUUCAACAGCAAUAUUAAUCAGAUAGUACCAUUUGUUAAUAAUGCAAAUAAUGAAGAGCAAAACAAAAUGAGAGAACACAUAGGUAGCCAAGAACCAGUCAUAUUAAUAGACAAAAUAGAAAGAUGUCUAGUUGUUGAAUGGUAUGAAAAUAAUAUUCGUAGAGAACAAAGAAUAUCAUAUAAAAAAUAUGGUAAUGAUAAAGCAAAAUUAAGAGCUAAAGAAUUAAUUGAGAAAUUAAAAUCUGGAAUAACCUUUGAACAAUUAUAUCCUGAUAAAGGACCGCCUAUAGUACGCGUCUUUGAAAAUGUAGGUGUUUAUAAUGUAUCAUUAAUUAGAGAUAGAAUUGAAAGAGAAUGGAGAGUAGAGUGGUUAGAGAAUGGUGUUCCUAUGAAAGCUAGAUGGUCAUGUAAAAAAGUAGGUAAUGAUGAAGCACAAAAAAGAGCUGAUACAUUUGCUCAAAGUAUGAUAAAAGGUAUUUUUAAUCCUAUAUUGUUACAUAAAGCAACAGGUACAAGAUUUUCUAGAUCUGAUAAAUCUGUUGUGAAGAUUAAUGUUUAUAUGAAUAAAAAUAUAAAAUGUUUAACUAAUGGUAUAGAAGAUGAUCAUAACACAGAUAAUAAUAAUAAUAAUAAUAAUAAUAAUGUUGUGAAAACAUUUUCAAUCAAAGGAGAAAUACCAAGUAGCUCUUUGAAUCAUAAAGUUACAAGAAGUUAUAGAAGAAGAAAAAAAAAAAAUGAUAUAAAUAAUGCCAUGGAGCUACAAAAUAGAAAUGUAAGAAGCAUGACAUAUUUGGUAAAUAAUAAUAACUCGUAUUUAAAUCAUAGUAAUAAUAUGAACCCUAAUUUGUGUAAUAUGAAUCUUAUGGAUUAUCAAAUGAAUGAAAUAUAUCAGGGAAAUAAUAUGUCUAAUAUGAUGUUGUUAGAAAAUAAUAUGAAGAACAUGAUACAUCAUAACAAUAUGAAUAAUGACCUUUUGUUAAAUUCGGAUUUAUAUAAUGAUAAAAAGAGAACUAGAAGUAGUCGAACGACUAGAAAGAGAAAUAUAUGUAAAACUGAAAAAUCUAUGAUAACAAAGAAUGGUAAUAAAUAUAUGAUAAAUAAUGAUAUAGAUAUUAAUGAUAAAAAUAUACAAAUGAAUAAAAAUGAUAUAUUAGUAAAUACUUAUUUAGUAAAAAAUGAAUUAUGUAAUAACUAUCAAAAUGAAACUAAUAAUAAUAAUAAUAAUAUUAUUAUGAUGAUGAAUAAUAAUAAUAAUAAAAAGGUAAAGACACAAUUAAAUAAUAAUAUAAAAAAUAGUUAUUAUAUACCAAGUGAACAAUAUGAAAUGUUUUGUUCAGCUAAUAAUAUUGUUAGUGGUAAUAGAAAUAAAAGAGGAAAUAAAAGUGCAUACAAAAUAACAAAAAAUAGUAAGAAUAAUGAUUUUGUUAAUUAUAAUAAUAUAUCGAAUACUAUUCCAGACAAUGUAACAGAUGAAGUCCAAAACUAUCAGUAUAUGUUAAAUGAUAAUAUGAAUGGAGAAUAUUUAAAUCUAAAUGAGUAUCCUAUGAGAAAUACAGAAGAUGGUGUUGAUAAUUAUUAUCAGAAUAAAAAUUAUUAUUAUCUUUAUAAUAAUAACAAUGGAAUGUUAGUGAAAACAUAUGUAGUUGAUCAAGAAGGAAAUCAUAACCUUGUUAAAAAUAAUAAUUUUGUUAAAAUAGAGAAUGCGGAUUAUCUUUAUGGUGGUGCAUCUACAAAUAGAUGUCAACCACUUGGGGAUAAAAGAAUUAAUAACAAUUAUGAUUCAUCUUCAAAUAAAUAUAAACAAAACAUGUUAGAAUAUAAUAAUUAUUAUAAUUUAAAUGUGGAUAAAAAAGGUAUGAAUUUUACAGGAUCUGUAUCUAGUUUGGACGCAAAGAAAAAGAAAAGAAAAAAUUCUAGAUCUUCGAAAAGUCGUAACACGUUAGAAGCUCCAUAUGAUAAUUAUACUAUAAACUAUAAUGUUGCGUGUACUAAAGAUAAAAGAGGUAAAAAUAAAAAAGACACCUGCGAGAAUAUUAAUGAUAAUAUAUACGAGAAUAGAAAUAAUCAUGAGACUUUAGUCGGUGCGAGGAGAAGAACAAAAAGGGUAAUAGCAACAAGAAAAAAAAAAAAUGGAAGAGGAAAAUAUAAAAAUAAUGAUAACGAAGAUAAUAAUGAUAUAGAUGGCAAUGAGAAAAAUAUUGGAAAUGAAAAGGAUAAAGAAAAUUAUGAAGAAAAAAUUGAACAAGGAUAUAUUAAAGAGGAAUAUGUAGUACAUGGUUGUGAAGAUGAAGUAAAAGGUUUGGAAGAAAAUAAGGGUAGAAAAAGAAGAAGAAUAAAAUCAUCAAAAUUUUAUGAUAAUGAUGAAUAUAUAUAUUCGUUGGAUAAAACAUAUAAUAAAAAAAAAGCAUCACAAUAUAAUAAUGAUAAUGAUAAUAAUAAUAAUAAUAAUAAUAACAAUAACAAUAACAAUAAUGAUAAUAACAAUUAUGGUAAUACUAUGGUACAGAAUGAAUUUAAUAGAUAUAUUAUGAAUAACAAUAAUUAUAUGAUAAUGAAUAAUAUGAAUACAAACAAUAUGCUGAACAAUGAGGGUCAUCAUUUAAAUAAUAACAUAUAUUGUAAGAAUGAAAUGCAAAGCGUUUCAUUUAAUAAUAUUAGUGGAGAAAAUAUGAAUAUGACGAAUAUACCAAAUAUAGUAAACAUGAACAAUUUAACAAAUAUAAAUUCUGCGUAUAAUGUAAAAAGCAUAGAAAAUUAUAAUAAUGGUGAUAAAAUGAAUAACCACCCUAGUUUUGUAAAUAAUUGUAUAGAAUUUGUUGAGAAUCCAAGAGGUUAUAGAGUUCCAUAUGAAUAUCAAUCACAGAGAUUUUAUGAAUAUUUCGAGGUACCAUUAAAUUCACGUAAGGAAUUUGAAAUGCAGCAAAAAUAUUUCGCGAACUUAUUUUCAUUACAUAUAUUGGCAGUUGGAUGGAAUGUAAAUAAAGGGGAUGGUAUGGAGAAUAAUAAUAUCCCCCAAUUGACUGAUCAAAAUAUGAUACCAAAUGGUAAUAAUAAUAAUAAUAAUAAUAAUACUUACGAACUUGUACCAUAUAGUGAGAAAGAGAAUAUUAUGAAUAAUAAAGAAUUGUUAUCAUCAAAGGAACAAAUUAAUGGACCAUAUAUUCCUUAUAAUUAUAAACCUAUAUAUCAUGUUGAACCAUUUAGUUCUGAUGUAAAUAAUAAUAUGAAUAGUAAUUGUAAUUAUUAUAUUGACUUAGAAAAUAUGAAUAGUGCUAAGAUUGACGGUAAGGAAUAUACAUAUAAUGAAGUUCAGACAAUGAAUAAUUAUAGAGCAAUAAAUAAAAAAGAAAGUCUUGAAAAUGUAGCUAACUAUGAAAAUAUGAUGAAUUAUGAUAAUAUUUCAAAUUAUAAUAAUCCAGAUGAUGUAAUAAUAAACCAAAGAAGCAACGUUGCUAAUAUUAGUGAUCAUAAUAAUAAUUUGAAUAAUAUAUCUGCUGUGAAUGAUGUGCAUAAUAUAAUAGAUAAAAAUAAUAUGAACCAUAUUCAAUAUUAUAACGAUAUGAAUAAUAACAUAACAAAUUAUGCUAACAUGAAUGCAAUACAAAAUAUAAAUAAUAUGAAUCCAAUAAUGAUAGAUCCAAAUAACAAUGCUGAUUCUGUGGAAGAGUUUUAUGAUGCAAUCGAUGGAUGUAAUGUGGUUGAUACGAAUUAUAUGGUAGGUACAAACAAUAUGGUUGAUCAAAUUCAUUUUAAUGAUGUAACUAGUAAUGUAGGAAAUAUGAAUAAUAAUCUAACCAAUCUUAGUAAUCCUUAUAAUAGCGUAAAAGUAAUAAACGACUUGAACAAUACGGGUGAAAUGAAUAAUAAUAUGAUCAAUUUAAAUAAUAAAAAUGAAAUGACUGGUUUAGGUAAUAUGAAUGAUAAUGUACAUAUUAAUAAUGUAUCUGUUAUAAAAGAAAAUGGUAAUUCCAAUAGUUCAAAGGAAAUGAAUCAUAUGAAUAUGGAGAAGUUGUAUGUAUCCAAAAUGAAUUAUCCCACAAAUGAUUUAAUACACAUGAACAACAACAAUAAUAAUAAUAAUAAUAAUAAUAAUAACAACAACAAUAAUAAUAAUAAUAAUAAUAAUAAUAAUAAUAAUAGCAAUGUGAAUGUAGUAGGUAUCGAAAACGGUGUUAAUAGCACAGUAUAUGAUAAUAUGAAUAAUUAUAUACCUAUGAAUACAAUUAACGUGAAUUAUAUGAAUGACAGUAGAAGUGAUUUAAUGAAUGGAAAGAAUAAUAUAAAUGUGGAAUAUAAAAAUGUAAGAGGUUAUGAUGAAAUAUUAUCUAAUGGGUCGGAUAUGAUAUCUUAUAACAUGUCUGGAUUAAAUCAUUUUAGUGAUAAUAGAUAUAGAAAUGAUAUGGAUCCACUCGGUAAAACAAACAUUUUGAAUAAUCAUAACAAUAUUGGAAGUGUAAACAUAUAUAAUAAUCAAACGGAUUUAAUAAAUAACUAUUAUAAUAAUAAUAAUAAUAAUAAUAAUAAUAAUAAUAACAAAUAUGCAAAUAUAAAUUCUAGUGAUAUGUACAAAGAACAAUAUUAUAACACACAUAUGAAUCAUCUUAUAAAUGAUAAUAAGGAAAUAUCUAAUAAUUUUGAUGAUUCAAAAAAGAAUGUUAAAGGAAUAACAAAUGGUGAUAACAAAGAUUUAUUAAAUGUUCAUAAUAAUGCAAAUAUAAAAAUUAAUAAUACAUGUAACAUUAAUGAUACCUUAAACAUGUUGCAAGAAAAUAAUAUCGCAACAAAUAACAAGGAUCUACAGGUUAUUAAUAAAAAUACGGUGUUAACAUAUACAUGUAAUAAUGAUGAUAUGAUAAAUAGUUUCAAUGGUGUUAAUGAUUUAUCAAAUGAUCCAAAUGAUGGCGCAUUAAAUGAUAAUAGAAAAAAUGAGCCUUCAUUUAUUAAUACUAAUAUUAAUGUUAAUAAUACGAACAAAAAUAAGGUAAACGGAGAUAAUGACAUAGAGAGCACUACACUUUUAGGUGAGGAUAAUAAGAAUAAAAUAAAUGAAAAAACAAUACAUAGUAAUAGUAUUUACAAGAAUUGUAAUGGAAGUUCCGACGACGCUAAUGUUCCAUAUGAAAAUUCGGAUCAUUUAUAUUUUAUGGAAAAAGAAAAAUAUGCUAGUGAUAAUGUAGUAAAUAGAAAUGCUCAUAAUCAAUUUAAAGAUUCAUAUUAUAAUUUAUUAAGUAAUGAAGAUGUAAAUAAUAAUAUAAUUAAUGAAAAUAAUAAUAAUAGUGAUGAUAUGUCAUGUAAUCAAUAUAUGAAAAAAAAUAACAAUACAAGUAAUAAAAUAAUAAAAGAAAUGAAUAAUUAUGAUUUUUAUUCUAAUAAAAAAAUGAUAGAUAAAUUGAGAUCAACUUCAAAUUCUAGUACAAUAAAUACGGAAUACUUACCUAGUAAUUUGUUAAAUUCAAUAAGUAUCAAUAAUGUGUCACAAUCUAAUCAGAUAAAUGAACAUGUAGACAAAUAA